CACUCCUAGGUCAGUUUGGCCCACUGAUCUACUCGUGUCACAGAUUUUAGAACAGCUCCCUCAGCGCAUGCGCUCACAGCAAAUGUGGGCGGAGUCGAGUCUCCACUAGCCAAUCCUAACGCAGCAGGCGGGGUUUGCGGGAAUACGGGUAGGGAAAAAACACAACGCGUGCCCUGCGGCCAGUCGUUCAGUCUCCACUCGUUCCUGUAACGCGUGGACCUUAGAGGGCGGUGAGAACCGAUGGAGGCUAUGGUCCCGUUCGUCGUGGGAGGGACAGAGGUGGUCCAGGCAGAGUAAUCGGGAUUUUUCCGCGCCGUCAGCUGGAGAGGAAAGUCGAACAGGCUGCAGAGAUUGAAGGGGUGAGUUUCUGACUUCUUUUCCCGGAGUCGAGCUUAGGCCAGCGUUGACUGGGAAAACGCGAAAACCAAGUUGCUGAUUUUUCACGUCGGUUGCGAGUUAAGAAACUCUCCUGACAGUCUGAGGGCUCCUUAGCUUCGAAAGGGACCAGAAGAAGGGAGCAAUUGUUCUCACUUCUCAGAGAACUUCUCUGAGUACCGUUAUUUCGCUGACUUGAGACCUACGUGAUGUUUGUUCACCUUCAUUUGGCUUUGAUGAACGUUUGUGGACUUGGUCACUGUGAGCCAGUAUUAGGAAAUUAGCUGGUCAUUAUUAGAGGAUUAUUCUUCCUCUGGGAAAUCCACACAAACGUGCAUCUUGCCUUAAGAAACAAGGCAAAUGAGAGAAAGCUCUCCGAUGCCUUAAUAUUGGACGUUUGCGGAUUUUCCUCCCGUGACUUUACUAUGAUGAAGCUGUUUGAGUUCCAUGUGGUUUUGUGUGUUCUGGUAUGGACAGCACACGCAUCAGAUUUCAAGUCGUUGUCGUCAGUGGCCACGCAUUUCAGGAAAACACGUAACCAUGCAGAGGAAGGCCAUUCAGAAUCACAGUCAAACAGCAUUGUCAGCGGUUUUAUGGACACUGUUGCACAAUCAAGCCGGGCUGCAGCCAUCUCAGGGAACCUGGCACCUCCUCAGGCAGAUCAAGCUACGGAUUCUUCAAGAUCUCCGGUGAGGAGAGUUGUGAAGGGGCGUAGACCUGUACCAGCCAGGAAACCGGGCAGCGUCCCGGCUCCAGACGCCUUUCCUCCCCGUCAGGGUCCCCAGGUCUCCUCGUUCCGUGUGCCCAAUGGCACCAGCUCCAUAAACGUCCUGGCUGGUUUUGCCGGGAGGAACCGUGUGCUGGUCAUUUCGGCGCCACACGAGUCAGAGGGCUACUACAGGCUGAUGAUGAGUUUGCUCAAGCCGAACGUGUACUGUGAGAUGGCGGACCGACACAUGCAGCAGAUCGUGAUGUUCCAUGAAAAGGGAGAGAUGGGAGGCAAAGUGAGACGCGUCAGCAACCAGGGCACCGUCACAGAGGAGCCGCUAGACCCAGACCUGGUGCCCAGGCUGAUGAGCUUCCUGAAGCUUGAGGAGGGGAAGUUCGGCAUGGUGCUGCUGAGGAAAACUCUGCAGGUGGAGGAGAGAUACCCAUACCCAGUGCGGCUGGAGGCCAUGUACGAAGUGAUAGACCAGACGCCCAUGCGCAGGCUUGAGAAGGCCAGGCAGAAGGGCUUUGUGGAGAGAUGCAGGGCUGCAGGAAUGGAGGGCCAGGUUGUGCAAACAGCAGGCUCCAAGCCUAGUGAGAGACAGAAGGGGGCUAGACCUACCCUUCAGCCCAAGCCCACCCGAAGUACUGCAACCCCACUGACUAUUGUCACCACCACUACAAGACCAACAACUGUACCUAUAGCUACUACAAAACCUCUAACCACAACUUUUGCAGCCACAACCCAGCUGCCUACAACUAUUGCCUCAACCACCCUGCCUACUACACUGCCCUCAACAACCACUACCUCCACCACUCUGCCCACCAGAGCAGAGCGCACAGACCUACAAACACCAUCACACAGACACAAAGCCCCACUAAGCACCUCAGAUCCCACCUACCGACCUGCUACAACCAGCCGACAAAGGGAUCACACUAGCGAAGUAACCUAUCCCUCUAUUACCUCUGCCUUCAUGCCCCAGCAUGGAGACAAACACAAAGACCGCACAGAUAAGAUUUCACCCAGAGCCUCACCUCCUGCACCACACGCCCGCAGGCGGAAGCCCAUCAGGGACAGACUGCCAAAGGGAAAAAACGUAGGGAGGGAGCAAAUCGAUGAGCACGCAGGAGAGCGUGAAGCAGGAAAACCUACUGCAAGUGAACCAGGGGAGAACCUUUUGACCACCAAAUCGGUCAAGGCCACACCUGCCAAAGCUGAGAAGAAGAAAAAGACAGAGAAACCUGAGAAACCUGUGAAGAAAAACAUCGCAGAGAAGAAAGCAUCAAAAGCCUCCAAGGACACAGAGGCUAAUCUUCGCAACAGAAACGCAGCAAAAAAAGCAGACAGCUUGGACGGGAAAGGUGCUGCUGGCAAGCGCGUGGAAAAGCCGACUGAGCCCAGGAGAUCACUGGAGACGUUUCUGAGCUAUUUUGAGAAGAGAAGACGUCUUCUUGUAAUCACUACUCCCAGUGAACAGAAUCGUAUGUACAGUCAGCAGAGGGAUGAGUAUCUGGAGCAGGUGUGUGACAUGGCCCUACGCAAAAUCUCCAUCAUCACUGUUUUUGGGCCCCUCGGCAACGGAACCAUGAAGAUAGAGCACUUCCAGAUGGAGCAGGACAAGCCUGUGCGAGGCCUGCCAGACAGUGAACUCAUCAACCAGGAACUCAUCACGGCUUUCCGGAAGGAGCUUGGCAUGCUUUACAACGACUUCUACAUGGUUUUGACUGACUUUGACAUGAAAGUGAAGCAAGAGUAUGAAGUUCCUAUCAUAAUGAAGGCAGUGUUUGACUACAUUGACACAUUCUCAUCACGCCUCAAAGAGAUGGAGCUUCAGAGGAAGCUUGGAAUCGCUUGCAAGAAAGAGGACAAAUCCAGAUCGCUUGAGAAUUUCCUCUCUAGGUUUCGCUGGAGGCGGCGGCUACUUGUAAUCUCCACCCCUGAUCAUGAGGAGUGGGCCUAUCAGCAGCAGCUUUAUGCCAUGACCAGUCAGGCCUGCAAUCUAGGUCUGCGUCACAUGUCUGUGCUGAAGCUGGUGGGGAAGGCCAUGGAUGACAUGGGUGGAGUCUUGGAGCUCUACCCAAUCAAUGGAAGCGCAACUGUGGACCGUGAGGACCUGUCUGCCUCCCUGGUGCGUGACAUCAGGAACUAUUUCCAAGUUAGUCCGGAGUACUUCUCCAUGCUGCUGGUGGGGAAAGACGGCAACGUUAAGUCCUGGUACCCGUCGCCCAUGUGGUCCAUGUCCAUCAUCUAUGACCUGAUCGACUCCAUGCAGCUCCGCAGGCAGGAGAUGGCCAUCCAGCUCUCACUCGGCAUGCGCUGUCCAGAGGAUGGCUACAGUCACCACGACGGUUAUCAUGAGGGCUACCAUCAUGGUUAUGGCUAUUAAGAGGGCAGUAGAAAAGGCCGCCCUUGGUCUGAGCGCUGAGUGAGUCUUCUUCGUUUACAAUGCAGGGAAAAUGGAAAUCCGAAAAUAAGCAUAAAGCACAGCAGCUGUGGUUACGGCGUGGUCACAGAGAAUUAUCACCAGGAUGGCAUUCAGUUUGAUAGCGUCAGUAUCAUUUUGCUUAGAUGUAAGGCUUCGUGUAAAGGGUAUUUUUUCCUCUCUUUCUCCUUCUUUCUUUCUAUUAGAUGACUCAUGCGUCAUUAGUGAGUUCAGAGAAUCACAGUUUAUGGGAACGCUGGCAGUGACACGGUGUUCUUCUUGUGUUUACUUUGUUGUCUGAAUGUACUCCACUUUAUACGGGUUCAUUUUUAUUUUACUUUUUAGAACAAAACAUCAAAACAUUUGUAGAAAGUUAGUUCCAUUUCUUUUGUGUUUUGUUUUUAUAAUAGUCGUUGUAGAGUGCUAAUCCAAAGGAGUUCUUGUUUUUACAAAC